AUAUAAGUACGGAUUCGAACACUGGAGGAAAUGGUGCAAUUCCUUUAACGGAAUUUCCGUUAUGCCUGCUAACGAAUUUUACGUUGCCCUUUACCUAUCUUCUCUCAUUCAAUCAGGAUGUCAUUUUUCAAAAAUCGAGGAAGUUAUUUUCUCGCUUUCGUGGUGUCAUAAAAUUGCGGGUUUUCAGGAUCCAUGUAGUGACUUUUUGGUUCAAUCAGUUAGACUUAGCGGGAAAAGAAUUCUAAGCUGUCCUGUCAAGAAAAAAGAACCAAUUACACCGGAUAUAUUAAAUAAGUUAGUGGAUAAAUAUGGGAACGCUGAAGCUUCUCUAAAAGAUCUCCGCCUUAUCUCUAUGUGUUUAGUAGGUUUUGCCGGUUUUUUACGGUUCUCAGAAAUUGUAAAUAUUAAGUAUUCGGACAUUAGUUUCGAGGACUCCUUUAUGGUGAUUUUUAUUUCACGUAGUAAGACAGAUAAAUUUAAUGCAGGUAGUAGUGUAGUUAUAGCAGCUACCCAUAAUAAAACGUGUCCUGUCGAAAUGCUAAAAAGAAAUCUUGUUAAAGGUAACUUUUCACACUUCUCAAACGAUUUGUACAUUUUUUCCCAGGUGUGUUUAUGUAAAUCGGAGAAACAGUUUAGGUUACGUGCCAAGAACGUUAGACUCUCUUACACAAGGGCUAGGGAGAUCUUAUUAGAAGCUCUGGAGGCUGUGGGGCUGGACAAAACUCUAUUUGGUGUCCAUAGUUUAAGGUCAGGCGGAGCCACUGCUGCUGCAGCAGCUGGUGUUAGUGACAGACUGUUUAAGAAGCACGGCCGUUGGAAAAGUGAGAAAGCAAAGGAUGGCUAUGUGCGUGAAAGAGUUCAUGAUUUAUUAUCUGUAUCACAACAUCUUGGUAUUUAAAAACUGAUUGUAUAUUAUUAAUUAAAAUGUCGACAUUAUUUUCUUGUUUCCCGUUCUUUAUUCAUUCGAGGAAGCCUUUGCUCACUACAGAGGCUUCCUCCCAUACAAGUGUUUGUGUUGUGAUGAUAAAUUAUUUAUGUGCGUUU